UUUUAAAAAGGAAGGAUCAAUUAACAGUUCAGGAUCUCAAUUUUUGGGCCAGGGGAAAAAAUGAGCAAGCAGCCAGGGAUCUAUUCUGAUAUUGGCAAAGAUGCAACAGAUCUUCUGUAUGGAGAUUAUAACAUGCAGCCGCCAAUUUGCUAUCACUUCAAUUGGUUAGAUUGGAGCUUAAACCUCAGCAGUGGAGUUAGAGCCAGCGUACCUAGACAGGAAAUAAGGGCACUUCUCAAGUUCUAUUUACCAUAUCAGAGGUCUAAUAAGGUGGAAAUGCAGUACUUGCGUGAUUAUUUUGGGUAUACAGCAGGCAUUAGUUUGACAAAAAGCCCCCUGAUAAGUUUUUCUGGUGUCAUUGGAAAUGGUUUUUUCAACACUGGAACAGAUAUCUCACUUGACGCAGCAACUGAUACAGUGGCCAAAUGCGAUGCUGGUUUGAGCUUCAAUACUAACAUUCUCACUGCUUCACUCACCUUGAGCGAUAAAGCUGACACUUUGAGAGCUCUUGCUUACCGUCAAAUUCUACCCUUAACACACACAGGGAUUGCAGCGGAGCUAAUGUAUCAAUUCUCCAGCAAACAAACGACUGUUACCCUGGGAGCCCAGCAUUCCCCGUUUCCUUUUAUGCUGAUUAAAGCUCGAGUUGCAAGUGAUGGCAGUUUGGCUACUCUUUUUCAACACGAUCUUCUCUCAAGACUGUGUCUGACAAUUGGAGCAGAGAUGAAUGUCAUGGAUGCCAUAAGCACUGCUUCACUGGGGGUUUCACUCUCCCUUAAGGUCUGAGUCACAAGUCACAACAAAGACAGCAACAGUCUCUCUCAGGGGCAUAUUAUCUUCGAGGAUUUCCUAUAUAUGACCUAUUAAUGCAAACAAAGUCCCACAUUCUAGAAUCACUCUGUACUUGUUAUAAACUGCAUGUUUGAAGAUAAUAAACUCUUAAGCAUGAAAAUGGUUGACGCUAUAAAAGGUGUACUGGAAACUAGUUGCUAAUGGUAAUACUACAUGCCAAGGUUUCUCUCCUCGAGAACUAGAAUCCCUCCUCAAAGUUGCUUGUUUCGGAUGGAUUGCUUUAGGGGAAUCGUAUUUAUGCAAUAGGGGAAUCAUAUAGCACAUAUGUGUGAAAAAUAUGACAGAAAUCCUGACUCAUCUCUUUUUUUCA